AUGUCUCUGUUUCACUUCGUUAACUGUUCUUUAACCACAUUUAUUCCAUAUUAUAUUAUAUUCGAUGGAUUUAAGUUGUCAAAAGAUGUUGGGUCAACAAAAUUAUUUGUAAUUGUAUGUUUUUACUAUGUUAUAUCUCAAAUAUUAAAACUAUUUGUACUAGCAUUCUUCUCAAUAGGACUACUACAAAAUAUGAAUCUUUUCAAUAUAAUUUUUCAAGAAUGUGCAAAUAUAAUAGAUUUGGCUGGAAUAUACUACAUUUUAUCCCACAAACACACAAAUACUAUUAAUUUAAAAGAGAGGAUAUUAUCUGUUGGAUUAAGUUGGGGAUUUUAUGAUUCAUUAGCCACAAAUUUUUUCCCAUUUUUUAUUGGAGGGCGGUCAAUGGAUUUUUCUAUGAAGUAUAUUUACAGAUCUAUAUUGGCUAAUACCUUUUUAUUUUCAAAUUUGUCUAAAACUUGUUUAUUAUUUAUGUGGAUAAAAAAUCCGUUUCAUAAAAAAAAAAUUACAUUUAUUUAUCCUCUUUUAAUAUACUUUACUUUUAUUUUACCCCUUGUUAACAAAAUCAUUUUAAUAAAUGAAGACUCAUUUAAUAUAAAGAUAUUCAUUCUUUUAUUUCUUCAACUGGCAAUUACUAUUUUUUUAUCAUGGAUUACAAAAUGUUUGUUUAGUUCUCAAUCAAAUAAUGUGGAACAAAAGAAAAAAGAAAAAGAUAAAGAUGAUGAUGAAAAUCAAAUGAAUAAAGAUAUAAUUAAGGAUGGAAAAAAAAAAAGCAGAAAAAAAAAAAAUUAA